UGUCAAGCCUGACUUACCAGUCACUGGCUGCCAGGGCAUCCACAGCCCUAUCACAGUUCAUUCAGCUACUCUAUUUUACAGUCGCUACUGUUUUCCUACCCGUCAAAUGUAUGUGAAUAAGAAAAAAAGGUUUUUAAUUAGAGAUAUCUAAACUAUUUUGAAAAAAAUAGUUAAAUAAUAAUUUGUGUUUUAACAUAAUUUUUUUUGUUACUACAGACAAAAUAACUUAUUAAGGCAUCAUUUAUCCAAAUUCGGUGCAGGUGUCACAACAAAUAUAAUUGUUAUCAUGCAUUAAUUAAGUGCUUCCCUGCUCUUAUUGUUGGAGGGGGUUAUUUUCUGUCAGGAGCCUUGAGAGAAUGAAACUCCUGUUAACAUUUCCGUUUGCCUAAUUAGAUACAAUAGGGGCUUGGGGAACCCCUCACCCCCCUGUCCCACUACCCUUUCUCUCUUUCCCUCCCUUUCAGUAUCACUGCAGGUCCAGGGCUCUUGGACUUCUCAGUGUCUGACUUUUAGAGAAUAUAGAGCUUCUCACACGUGUCAUAUAGACAUAAUCAGACUUGCAGACUUGCCUCCACAACCUCUCGAAUAAUAAGGAAUAACUCAGCAUCUUUAUGUAGGACUUUUAACUUCUGUUGCAAGACAAAACAUUCUGGAUAUAUUUUAAAUAGACUAAAAAAGGACUUGGGAUUUCCCCUUUAUCACUGCAGACUAUAUAAAAGAAGCUUUCCUCCUGGCUCAAACGGAUGUUAAAUCAAAAAGGAACAGACCUUACUAGGUGAAAGGAUUAUUUUGCAAAACCUGUUUGUUUUCUGUUUUUUAUUUUGGUUAUUUGUCACUGUUGGUUUUUUGUGAAAAUAAUUUUUUGGAUCACAACUCUGUUUUCGGAGUUGUCUGCUGCAGUCGCUCACUGUGAAAACCUGUGAAAAGGGGUAAAUCUUCUGUUGAGGAAUUGUUCUUCUAGCAGGAAGGUUUUCAUUACAGUUUAUUUUUGAACUGGAAGACGAACACUUUGCCUGCAAGCCAGUGCAUGGUCCUCUAAUAGCAGCAUGGAGAUUGUAUUUUGGAUGUUUCCUCUUCUGGCUCUUCCACUGCUUCAUUCGGCCAAGAUCCUGACUGUCUGUCUGAUUGGAGGAAGCCACUACUUGUUAUUAGAUGAAAUUUCUCACAACUUACACCAACAUGGCCACGAGGUCCGCAUGCUCUUACAACUUGGCAACCCUGUUAUUACAGGUCUUUCCUAUGCCGAUCGUGCAGACAGUUACAAGAGACGCACCUGGUCCCUGGGAGAAAAAUACAUCAAAGAAUACAAUGCCUGGUUCCUGCAGCAACAAACACAGUUUUUACUUGGAAGAGACAAUUUUAAUGGCUUUCUAAACUUCAUGGGACACCUGUCCUUUCAGUGUGACAAACUGUUGGGAGACAAAGAAACAAUAACUUUUCUCCAGCGGGAACGCUACGACAUCGCCAUCCUUGAUGCUUUUAACCCCUGCUCCUUCGUCCUGACACAAAAACUUGGUGUCCGUUAUGUAGCUUUCUAUCCUGGCACUCUGAACGGUCCUCUGUCCAUCGCUCUCCCCAGCCCAAUCUCCUACAUUCCAGUCUUCAGCUCCCAGCUGUCCGACCACAUGAACCUCUGGGGUCGUGCAAAGAACGUCUUUUAUUCGUUCUUGGCUCCUGUAGGUCAGGAACUCGUGUGGUCCAUAUUUAAGGACGUUGCUGAGCGCCAUCUUGAGUCCGGCCCACCCCCUGGUGGUUUGAACGACUUACAUCAAGGAGCGGAACUCUGGGCCUUCAACACUGACUUUUCUUUGGAGUUUCCUCAGCCUCUUAUGCCCUACACUGUGCUGGUGGGAGGUCUGCUCAAUAAACCAGCAAAGCCUCUGGAGCAGGAUCUUGAGUUGUGGAUCUCCAGUUUUGGAGAGGCAGGUUUCAUUGUCGUGACUCUGGGGUCUAUGGUCACCUCAGUCUCAGUGGACCCUUUGCUUAUAGAGAUGGUGGCUGGCUUCUCCAGGAUCCCUCAGGGGGUGCUUUGGAGGUAUGAUGCUCGGCAAUGGCCACAUCACAUGGACAGACCUCCCAAUGUAAGGCUAGUGGACUGGCUGCCCAUUAAUGACCUGUUGGGCCACAAAAAAGCACGUCUCUGUAUCACGCAUGGUGGACAGAACAGCCUGCUUCAGGCAGUGUACCAUGCUGUUCCUGUGCUGGGAAUCCCACUGUUUGGAGACCAGUUUGAUAACGUGGUGAGGGCUGAAACUAAGGGACUUGGCCUCACCAUCAAACCCACACACAUCACCAGGGAACUGCUCAGUGCCACCAUUCAAACACUAAUAGAGGACAUCAGGUUCAAGUCUUCGGCUUUGUCCCUCAGUAGGAUCCACAAAUCCCAUCCUGUCUCUCCAUCCCUUCGACUCAUCCAGUGGGUGGAGCACAUUCUGCACAGUGGAGGUGGAACUCAUUUAAGGCCAGCUUCACUGAUGCAACCAUGGUAUCAGAGAUGCAUGUUGGACUUGCUGCUUAUUCUCUGUAUGGGGCUCCUCGGACCAGUAGCUGUCUGCUGGACUUUAUGUAGAAGCAAGAAUAGCAGAGAUAGACACAAAAAAAUACAGUAGCAGCACUCAGAAUUUCUUCAGGGAGUUCUGUGUCACUAACUGUACAAAUACGAGAACAUUUCAGAAAUGUGUUCCUGCUGUUGUCAAAUAUUGCAGAUGUCUAAUAAACUACACAUCUUGUAAGGGA